UCUUAUAAGAACAUGAUCGCAGGCACCUCAUGUGUGAGAGACUCCAGUGCUCCUCAAGCUACAGUGGAAUAAAUCACACCGGGUAAGAUCCUCCACUCACUUCACACACACAGUCAGGACUUUGGGGAAGAGGGGGACAAUCCUGUUUAAUAAGGUCACAAUGUUGGGGAUCAGCUUGUGUUUGAGUGUCGCCAUCCACUUCGCCGUGUCUCAGGAAGCGGAAGCUCAGGAGCCUGUCACAUACACGUGCACUGAAGGUUAUGAAUUUGACUAUGAAAAACAAAGCUGUAAAGAUAUAGAUGAGUGCAAGACACUGCAGGAAGCCUGCAAAGGUGGCAUGAAAUGCGUCAACCAUUUUGGUGGCUACCUCUGCCUUCCCCACAACGCUCGGAUAAUCAUCAGUAACGGCGAGGAUGAGCCCACUACCCCCCCACCAGUGGAAAGAGUAGAUGUUCAGCCUGGCUUAUCCCCCAUAUCCAGAGGAGAUUACUCAAGAGUCAUUCAUAGCUCAACACAUUCACUCCAGUGUGGCGUGGGUUUCAUGCCGGACUCUCAGAACUACUGCAGAGAUGUGAAUGAAUGUAUUACUGCAAACCCAUGCCAACAUCAGUGCUACAAUCUGAUUGGCUCUUUCAUCUGCCAGUGUGAAGUCGGAUAUGAACUGGCUUCAGACUCAGUCUCCUGCCAAGAUAUCAAUGAGUGUGAAUUCUCAAAUUACAUGUGCCAGUUCCAGUGUGUGAAUCAGCCCGGCGGAUACCAGUGUGUGUGUCCUGAUGGAUACCAGCUCCAAGGGACGCGGAUGUGCCAAGAUAUAAACGAGUGUGAAACAGCACACAACUGCAGAGAAGAUGAAAUGUGUUGGAAUUACUAUGGAGGAUUCCGUUGCUAUCCCAGAAACCCCUGCCGUGAGCCAUACGUCAAAACAGGCGAAGGACGCUGUAGGUGCCAGUCACCAAAUGUUUGCCGAGGACUGCCGCCUGUCAUUGUCUACAAGUACAUGAGCAUCUUUUCCGAACGCUCAGUGCCUGCGGAUAUCUUCCAGAUUCAAGCUACCAGUGUCUACCCCAACAUGGUAAACACCUUCACCAUUAAAUCCGGCAACGAGGGAGGAGAAUUCUACCUGAGGCGCUCCAGUAAUGUAAGUGCCAUGUUGGUGAUGACCAAAGCUUUGACUGGACCUAGAGAACAUGUUGUGGACCUGGAGAUGGUCACCCAGAGUAAUGUCUUGAGCUACCGUUCCAGCUCACUGCUGAGACUCACCAUUAUUGUGGGUCCAUACCCUUUCUAAAUCAUCUAGAUCGACUGAAUCAGCACCUUGGUUUUAUGUGUGUACUGCAGCUUUACGAUGUUUAAAAAUGUUCAACACAGCAUGGCUACCUGGUUGUAGUCUAGAUCAGUGUUUCUUAACUGGUUGGUUGAGACCCAAAAAUGUGUCAAAAACCAGUUCUAAAUCAACCAAUAGAUAUUAAUGUUUGAUUUUAAAGUUUUAUGCGAGUUUUAUGCGAGUUCACGUUUGUAUGAUGAAUCUUUUGUAUAAUAAAUUUUGAUACUGUGUUGGGUUGCCAUUUAAUGUCCUUUGUAAAAUGUAGGUCUUGAAACAAAACUGGCUGAGAACCACUGGUCUAGAUCGUCGCAUAUUCACUGGGUUUCAAACAGGAAUUGGUUUAUUAGUCAUAAAAUGUAGGUUGUCUGGUUUACUAAAGUUUUCAAGUAACUUGUACUUUGGAAAAUGAAAGUCAAGGUCAGAAAGGGUGACAUGAAGGCCAAGAAAUAUCUGAAAAACAACACAGCUGGAUACCAGAAGGAAACAGUUGCUCAAGUUUCAUUCUGAAAAGCACUCACAGGUUAUUCUUUGUCUUGGUAGCAAGAGGUUUGCAAGAUUCUGUUGCAUGUCAGAAUUUUAAAUGGAUAGCUCAUCCAAAAAGUGGGUCUAUCAUUCUUAUGUUGUUGUAAACUCAUAUGACUUUCUUAUUAUCAUCAUAUUAUGUCGUGGCCACGAGAUCAUUUUGUCGAGGUAAAGACAUCCUUUUGUCGUGGCCUCCAGAUGCUGUGUUGAGGGAACUACAUAUUUUUCUCGUGGCCACGAGUUUAAUGCAUAACCAAACCUGCAUGACCACAGCAACCUGGGAUUAUCAGAGAUGGAUUCAUUAUAUAACAUAUAUUAACCAUACAUAUAUUAUCCAUAGACCUUGGCUACCGGACUGUAUUACAUACGAUAGUCAACAUUCAAAUGAAGUUUAUCAUGAAUAAAUGUUACAUAAAGUGCAUAAUAUAAAAUAGGCCUACAAGAAAACACAUUUAUCCAUCCUACAGUCUUUUAAGUCCAUUAACUGAUCAUCUUUUUCCAGUAAUAUUUGUAUAUUUUUAUUAGGGGCCAAACACCGAAGGUGCAUAGGCACCUAUUGAAAUGGUUGGUGUUCUUCUUCUUCUUCCGUUUCUUCUUCCGCUAUUGAGUCUAUGGCAGCCCAUAGAACUGCUUGCAUUAAAGUUGUAACAUUUGGCACACUGAUAGAGUAUAGUCUCAAAAUUAACCAUAGCAAAUUUAGAGUCUCUAACUGAAACCCUCUAGUGCAGGGGUGUCAAACUCAAUUCCUUGAGGGCCAGAGCCCUGCAGAGUUUUGUUCCAGCCCUGCUCCAACACACAUACCAUGUAGUUUUCAAAUAACCCAGAGGGACUUGAUUAGUUCAAUCAGGUGUGUUUAAUUAGGGUUGAAUCUAAACUCUACAGGGCUCCGGCCCUCCAGGAACUGAGUUUGACACCCCUGCUCUAGCGCCACCACCUGUCCAAAGUUUCAUUUAUGUUUAUGCUAAUAACUUUUGAACUGUAAGGCUCUUUAGUUUUUCUGCUAUUUUCCGCUAUUCACGCCAAAAUUGCCUCAGAUCACUUCAGACCAUGCUGGCAAAAAGUUAUGGAAUUCAAGUUGAUUCUUUAAACUGUUCUCGAAUAACACGCGAACGAAUUCGACAAAAAGCACGCAAAAAUGGUUAUGGGGCUAUAUCUCCGCAACAGUUUGGCGUAUUGAGACCAAACUUGGUGAGUGUUAUAAUAAGCAUGACCUGAGACUACCUGCAGUUUUUUUGGCACUGUGCCUCCUAGUGGUCAGGAGAAUAAUAAUAUUAUUAAAAAUAAUAUUUUUGCUUAUAACUUCUAAAUGGAUUGGCUAAAAAUCACAAAACUGGUCUCUUUAGAUUGGGUGCAUCAUGCUGAGUCGAAUGACUUCAAAUUUUCCCAUUUCAGCCAUUUUGGGCGUCUGUCAUUUUGGAUUUUGUAGUAAAAUGCUAUAUUUUAUGAACACAUUGAUGUAUGGUCACAAAACUUGGUAUGAGUCAUCAGCACGAUGCCCUGAAGGAGCCUGAGAAGUUUCGAGUCAGCGUCACCUAGUGGUAAAAUCAAAUAUACACAUGCUUAUAACUUUGGGUGUGGUCGACUUAUUUUCAUGGGAGUCGCCUUUGUAGACUCCUGAAUCCUUGCCGAGUCCAGCGAUACCAAACAUGCUAGGUUUUGCCUUAAGGUUUGUGCAACAUUGCAUUUUAGCACUUAAAAAACAUUUGCCAAUAUCUUAGAAACCGUUACUCCAAUUGACACAAAACCACUGUAGGAAAUUCGAAAACAUAGCGGGCCUGCUAUAUGCCAAUGCCCAAUUGCCAAAAUUUGAUAGUAAGUGGCAAAUGACACACGCAUGUAUGGGCACACUCUAAAAACUCUUCACCUCUUCGUGGCGCUAUAAUUGAACAAAAUAUGAAAUUGCCAUCGACUACAAUAGAUUAUGUUGCUAUAUUUUACAAAUGCAUUGGUGUACCAUUACGAAACUUUGUAUGUACCAUUGAGACCAUGACCAGAAACACACCAAAAGGAUUUGAUUACAGCGCCAUCUGUUGGUAAAAAGUGAUAAGCCAUUUAAUCAUAUUACUAGUGGUUGUAUUUAUGAUUUUUCAGCCAUUUCAAUUACAAUCAUCCUAAAAUUGCUUUUAUUACUCAUUGUUGCGUUUGGUCUGAUGCUCCAUGCCAUGCCUAGCUCCUCAAUUUGCUUCUGGAGUGCUCGGCCCCGCAAUUGCUACUUGCAGCUAUAUUUAUUAUUAUUAUUAUUAUUAGCCUAUUAUUAUUGGUUAUAUUUUUAUAUUCGUUUAUAUUAAUUUUUCCCUUCAUUUCAAUCUCUUAAUGUUCUGAUUACUUUUGUAAAUAAUAGCCUACUGUAAAUGCUCGACAUGCCAAUAAAGCUUUGAUUAUGCUGACUGGAAUUUUUGCUGGAAUUUUUGCAGUUUAAAUUUAACAUAUAUUAAAAAAAAAUUCGGCUAAUUAAUAGACCAUAAUUAUAAAUGCUAUAGUAUUUCAUUGAGGAAUUAAUCAUUCAUGUACUUUCAUUUGUAAAUGAAAACACAUCACGCUCAUUUACCAUCACACAUGGGCAUAAAUACAAUCAUAAAGUCAAAACUUUAUUGGCAUAAUUGUCAGGCGUUUAUUUACGAAAUAUACGGCAGGCUAGCAAAUGCUAGCAUAAUUAUACAAAACGUUAACUAGGUAAAGCGAUACAUAAAUUGAAAGGGGAAAUAAGCAUAUAUAACAAUAUAAAAAUACAGCCCUAAAAAGUUAGUGUAGUAAUAAUAAUAAUAAGAAGAAGAAUAAUAAUAUACAAAUAUUAAAUUAAAUUUUUAAUGUUAAUAAAAAUGUUUUAUCUAUUUUUGAUAAUCCAGGGUUGCUAUGGUCACGCAGGUUUGUUUUCGUAUUAAUCUCGUGGCCACUCGUUCCCAUUAUGUUCCCAUUAUUAUGUCGUGUUAUUAAGUGAACCAAACAUGUCACCUUACGGGCACCAUACCAUACAAUAAACAUCAAUGGAGGAAAAAAUCUCUGUGGUGCUCCAAAAAUGACAAAACACCAUAAAAAUAGUCCAUACGACUCUACAGCUACAUUGUGAAUCUUCCCAACAGACCAAAAAGUUAUUCACUCAAAAUACUCCCUUCUAUCACAAUUCAAAAAUCUUUCACAUGUCUUCAAAUUGGUGUCACAGUUGGUUAUGACUAAUUCAAUGGCCACCAACCAUAAAUGUUGGUCUGUUAGGGACCAAUUACGAGGAACACAGUUUUACAGGAAGUGGAGUAGGAAAAAUGCAUGGUCUUGAGAUGUGAUUUUAAAUAGUUGAAUGUCUUUUCACUUGUGCACGUUUUUUUUUCACAGUGCACAAGACAUUGCAAAAUACACAAGCGCAAUGGUCAAAGAUGUCUGUUUCGCACAUGUUUGCAUAGAAAACCAAUGGAAAAUCAGUGCACUGGAAUUCAAAAACACAUACUGUAUGAACAUGGUGUGGCUUCAAAAAUUACUUGUAUCUGGGUUUUUUUUUUUUUUUUUUUUUUUGGGUAUAUUCGUCCUCAUUCGCUCUCACUGUAUGGAAUAGUGCAGCAUGAACAUUCUGCUAAACUUCUCCUUUUUAGUUCCUCAGAAUAAAGUAACCAUAUGAGUUUGGAAUGACAUGAAGAUGAGCAAAUGAUAACAGAGUUACAAUUUUUUUAACAAACAAACAUUUUAAUCUGUCAGUAAAUCAAAGCUUUACACUUCGUACAUGGAUUGUGUAGAAACAGAAUGUAAUUAUCAAAAAGUGCUUAUAGAUUCUUUAUUAGAAUUGACUUCUUAGCAGGGGAAAAGUGUUUUAUAGGUGGAACAUGUGGAUAAAGCAAACAGAACUGCAUAGAGUUAGGUGGAACAGUUUGUGUCGUAAUCUAAUGGCAUCCUUAGCUAAUGGAAAUCUCUGAAUGCUUCCUCCGCCUUGCAAAUACUGCAGAAAUGACCUCCUAUCCUAUGAGAAGAAGGCAAUAAUGUUUUGGAAACAGAAGUGAUGUUUUCAGGAAAUUGCUGGCAAGGGCUUUGGGUCGCAUAAGCAAUGGAACUCUUGCCUAACAUGUCUGUAUGUUUGCCAGAGCAGUGUUUGAUCUUCUGCAGUGUUUCGUGUCGAUGGUCUGUGACAAACACUGUUACUUAAACCGUUGCGUCACACCCGGCGCCCCCAGAGAUGUGGUGGUGGGUGAGGCCGGAAUGGUCCGCGCACCACCACGUUGCAUGAAAUUAUUUUGGCAAGCGAUCUCUAUGUUGGCUGCUUCGAGAUCUGACUUAGUAUUUUAAUGCAAUGCUUGCAAAUCAAUCUGUAUGUUGUCAUUAUCUGUUUUCUCAUGAUCAAACGCUUUGAUUGAUCACAGUGAAUUUGUGAAUGCUCCCCGGUUUUUCUCUUAUUGAGAUCAUUUUUUCUCAUAUCUAAAUUGAUGUGGACCGGUUGAUUCUGCUCAGUGAGGACAACAGGUCUUUGUAUUGGUUUAACAAACUAUAAUCAAUUGGAUUUGCACCUUCCGUUCAGAAAUUUUCUGUAUUUUCAGUCUGCUCUCAAAGUUGCACUUUUUUUUUUUUUUUUACUCAUUCAUAGCCUUUGUGCCAUUUAUUCUGCUGUAAAGUUUUUGGAAAUAAAAAUAAAUACAGUAA